AUGCCGUUCAAUUGCGAGGUUCCAAACAUUCCCAAUGGACAUUUUAUUCAUCAGUCCACCACUCUGUUGAGCCACGGUUAUGUUGAGUGUGACGAGUUCUACACAUUCUUUGGAUCCUCUAAAAGGGCAACGUGUAACUCGAAUGCUAAUUUCGUCGGACUCGAUGGAGCGUGCAAACAAAUAGAAUGGAGAAAUGCGAAAGGUGCCUUGUUACUAGAUCUGCCAGAACCCUUGAGUAUUGGAUGGCAAAUGGUUUUACAAGGAACGCCCACGGCAUCUAAUCAACGCUUUGCUAUAAACUUGAGGGACAACCAAGGAGGUUAUUAUAUGCACAUGGACGUAAGAUUUAAUUAUCUACACGACAAGAGAAAGGUCAUAUUUAACGCAAAUCUGAACAACAAAUGGGGGAAACGUACGAGUGUAAAUCAAUUCCCGUUCCAGGAACUUGAAGAGUUUGUAAUUGGACUAGAGUUCACGUCUAACACAGUUCAGAUACUUGUUGACGGACUACUCUUCUAUACUUUCAACAUGGGAUCCCCACUUAGUGAAGUCACCCAGGUUAGCGUUGGGGGAGAUGUGGUAAUUAAACAGCUGAAGUUUAUAUAUGACCAGAUGGACGACUAACAAUGAUAUACGGACACACACGCACACACACACACACACACACACACACACACACACACACACACACACACAGGGGGCUAAAGUUGAUAUGUGGCCAUACAUAGACAGAAUAUAUGGAAAUUAUUAUACGAGCUUGUGUGUCGUACUGAUUUUACGAAACAGGUCAGGUCAGAACAGAGGGUUUUACGUGCACAUUCACAGUUAGCUGUUGUAGCGCACGCCUGUCGUGGUAAAUGUCAUGUCCUCCGUCCAGGACAGGAAAGGAUUGGGGUGAAGGGACCGCUUGCUCUGACAGGUGUAAGAGAGCACCAGCAGCCCGACGGGAGUGAGUAACGAGUGUCAGAAUUCUGCUAUUGCCCGGACUAGAGCAGGAUAAAGCUGUAUCCUAACGGGAUACGAGCGAUGCGAGCGCUUAUUUUAGAAAUCAUUGAUUUCAAUCGCUGUAUACUAACUGGACGCAAGCGACGCGAACGACGCGAGCCAGGCGAGCGGUUAUUUUAGAAAUCAUUGGUUUCAAUCGCUGUAUCCUAACUGGACGCGAGCGGCUAUUUUAGAAAUCACUGGUUUCAAUCGCUGUAUCCUAACAGGACGCGAGCGAGGCGAGCGGCUAUUUUAGAAAUCAUUGGUUUCAAUCGCUGUAUCCUAACUGAACGCGAGGGAAGCGAGCGGCUAUUUUAGAAAUCAUUGGUUUUAAUCGCUGUAUCCUAACUGGACGCGAGCAACGCGUCGCCAAUAAAACUAAAUUUGCGACAGUAAAACCACCGAUAUACGUCCGCAAAUCUGAAAACACAGUAAAGGGUUAUCCACUAAAUAGUUAGGAUAUAGCUUUAUACAUGGAUCCUGACAUGCGUUUUGUAAAAUCAGUACGAUUCACACGCGAGUGUAAUAACUUUUAAUAUUAUCCUCAUUAUCCAAAAUAUGUGUUUUAUGAAUAACAAGGACCAUAUCAAAACAUUUUAACGUAGCUGGAAGGAGACGACAAAAUGACGUAAUUUUUGUAAGCUAUUACCCAGAACUGAGGUCUCACUACAUAGUUGACUUCCAGUGACAGUUUAUUCAUCACGGUCCACUAUAGGUCCUAAUUGUGACAUAAAACAUGUUGUAGUUCACAUAUUCACUUCUUGGAAUUGGGGAAGAAUUAAAACAAUUUGUGUGUUUAAUAGUUAGCCUUCUGGCUUGCAUUUGAACAUGCUAUUUUUUUAGUAUUGUGCAUUGAAGUUUUGGGACAUGGUUGUAUAGCGGAAGAGACAGUCGGAGUGAAUUGGUCAAUGAACCACCUGUUGGGACCGGAACUACAGCCAGAUGCGGUCAUAUAGCAAAACACUGAGACGAAAACUCUUAGAAUGACAGUCGGUAUAUGUGGAAGGAGCAGUGCUGUGUUGAAAUAAAUACAGAUUUGGAGAAGCCGGAUCCGUCUGAACAAGAAAGAAUCUUGGGUAUGGCUAACUCAGAACAGUCCCUUUAACGUAUUGGAAAUUUUGUGGAUUCCCCCAAGAGGACACACACACACACACACACACACACACACACACACACACACACACACACACACAUACACACACACACACACACACACACACUCACUCACACACACACACUCACACUCACACAUACACACACACACGUACACACACACUACUUCUCUCUGUUUAGUUGAACGCACUUAUAGGCCCGUAGCCAAUGACACCGCCCCCUUCCCGAUGACUUUUUUCAAGAUUCGUCAAGGCAAAGUUGCACCUCAAACGUGGGAAAAGAGUUAAUUCGAUAUGUCUUGCCUCACCGUAAGCCUAAACCCCCCCCCCCCCCCCCCCCCCCCACACACACACUCAAAAUCCUGGCUACUGGCCUGACGUUAUUUUAUAAUAUUACCGUUGAAUAUUUUCUGAUGCAUAACUCAUGGGCGUACAGGCUCCCAUUUUUGCAGGGGGUAAGAUUGGAUUUUGCCCGAAUUAAUCGAAAAUGCACAAAUUAAACGAAAAUGCCCGAAUCUGGAUAACAACAUUUAUUCAU